AUGGCACCAAACAAAUCUAUGGAAGGGGUUGAGAACCACACUUCUGUAGCCAUGUUUAUUCUCCUGGGACUUUCAGAUGAAAAAGAGCUGCAGCUCAUCCUCUUUCCAGUCUUCCUGGGCAUCUACCUUGGGACCCUCCUCUGGAACCUAUGUCUUAUCAUUGUCAUCAAGAUCAACUCCAACCUGCACACACCCAUGUACCUUUUUCUCAGUUCCCUGUCAUUUAUAGACAUCUGCUAUUCUUCCUCCAUCAGCCCAAGGAUGCUCUCAGACUUCUUAAGAGAUGAGAAAACAAUUUCCUUCAUGGCCUGUGCCACUCAGUAUUUUGUCGGGGCCUGGAUGGGUCUGGCUGAGUGCUGCCUCUUGGCUGCCAUGGCCUAUGACCGGUACGUCGCCAUCGGUAGCCCUCUGCAGUACUCAGCCAUCAUGGUACCCGGCCGCUGUUGGAAGAUGAUUGCUGGGGCCUGUGCUAGUGGUUUUCUCACUAGUCUAGUUCAUGUACUCCCUUGUUUUAAUCUCUCCUACUGUGGACCAAAUAUCAUUCAACAUUUUUUGUGUGACAUAACUCAGGUUAUUUCUCUAUCUUGCUCCAAUCCAUUCAUGUGCCAAAUGAUUGUUUUCCUGGUAGCUAUGUUUAUGGGGUUGGGUUCUUUGUUUGUUAUCCUCUUAUCCUAUGGUUUCAUUGCAGCCUCCAUCCUGAAAAUAUACUCAGUUAAAGGAAGUGCCAAGGCCUUCAACACCUGUGUCUCCCAUCUGGCUGCUGUGACCCUCUUCUAUAGCACAUGCCUCUCUGUGUACAUGCAUCCUGGCUCUAGCCACUCCAUGAAGCACAAGGUGCUGUCCAUUUUCUAUGUUAUCUUUAUUCCCCUGUUAAACCCUCUGAUCUAUAGUCUGAGGAACAAGGAUAUCAAAGAGGCCCUCAUGAGGCUGAUAAAGAGGCAACAUAUUUACUUCAGUAAGAAUAACAUUUGGGCAGCUAUUAUCACUAUAAGGAAGAGGGAAGCAAGCAUAUGUAAGUGA